AUGGCCGAACGCCGCGUCCCCUUCACCUUCCUGCGUAGUCCCAGCUGGGACCCUUUCCGUGACUGGUACCAUGGCAGCCGCCUCUUCGACCAGACCGGCCAGACCGCCGACAGCUGGAAAGUCACCUUGGAUGUCAACCACUUCGCGCCCGAGGAGCUGGUGGUUAAGACCAAGGAUAAUAUCGUGGAGAUAACCG